CCUCUCCUACAACUCUGGGAUUCCUGGGAACAAAAGGGCUCCUUAAUGCAGUGGCGAAAGCUGGACAUUGUAUCGAGUUAAGAGCAUUUUAACGCUGAUUUUUGACCUCCUCGGUGUCAAUUUCCUCAGAUAAUUUUUCACAAUGUUGCAGUAUUUAUUGACGAUAUUUCUGGGCUGUAUGUCUAUGCUGCUGUUCUGUGCGCUCUGCAGACGGAAGCAGAAGGAUGAUGAGCCCCCACUCAUUAAAGGCUGGAUUCCGUUCCUUGGAAAAGCUUUGGAAUUCAGAAAAGACUCUUAUCAGUUUCUCACAAAACUGCAACAGAAGCAUGGAGACGUUUUUACUGUACUUAUAGCAGGGAGAUACAUAACAUUUGUGAUGAACCCUCUUCUGUACCGAUCUGUGAUCAAACACGGAAAACAGUUGGAUUUCCACACCUUCUCAGACAGUGCAGCAUCCAAAGCAUUUGGUUAUCCACCGAUGCAAACUGGUCGCUUCCCUGGAUUGAGUGAUAGCAUUCAAAAGACCUACACCCUGCUGCAGGGGCCCGCCCUCGACCCGCUCGCAUUCAAAAUGAUUGGAAACUUGCAGCAGGUCCUUCGACAUCUUUUACUGUCCAGUGAGGGGGCGGAGCCUGAUGGAGAUUGGCUGGAUGCGGAGCUGUAUGAAUUCUGCAAAUGUGUAAUGUUUGAGGCCACGUUUAAAACACUGUAUGGACAGUCAUCACACCUGAAGCUGGAUCAGCUGCGAGAGGACUUUGAGAAGUUUGAUGUCUUUUUCCCUUUACUGAUGGCCCGUGUGCCCAUCAGCUUGCUGGGGAAAACCAAUGAGAUCCGUGAGAAAUUGACAAGAUUUUUCUACCCUCAUAGAGUGGCACAAUGGAAUUCUGCAUGUGAAUUCAUACAGUCCCGAACAGCCCUGUUCCAACAAUAUGAUAAUCUUCAAGACCACGAUAAAGCAGCACAUCAUUUUGCCAUGUUGUGGGCCUCAGUGGGAAACACCAUCCCAGCAGCUUUCUGGUGUCUUUACCACCUCCUUUCCUGUCCAGAAGCCCUUGCUGCAGUGCAGGCAGAGAUUGUGAAUGUGGUUGGAGAGGAGAAAAUGCAGUCAAUCUGCAAAGAGGACAUUAUGAUAACACGGAAACAGCUAGACCAAAUGAUUUAUCUGGAGAGUUCAGUGAAUGAGAGUUUGCGUCUCUCCUCUGUAUCGAUGAACAUCCGGGUGGUUCAGGAAAAUUUUUGUUUGCGUCUGGAUGCCCAGCAUUCCAUCGCCCUGCGAAAAGAUGACAUCAUUGCUCUUUACCCCCAAAGCACACACCUUGAUCCUGAAAUAUACACACAGCCUCAGCAGUUCCAGUUUGACCGAUUCGUGGAGGACGGGAAGGAGAAAACAGAGUUUUAUAAAUGUGGCCAGAAAGUCCGGUACUACCGUAUGCCAUUCGGCUCAGGGACCACGCAAUGUCCGGGGCGCUUUUUUGCGUUGAAUGAGCUGAAACAGUUUAUUUGUGUUAUGCUGCUCAUGUGUGAAAUGCAGUUGCCACAAAUCCAGCAGGAGGCGAUGUUGGACACCAGCCGUGCUGGUCUUGGCAUCAUGCCACCCGCCAAUCAUAUUCUUUUCAAAUACAGACCUAGAAAAGCACAGGACUACAUUGAGAGUGAGGAAUGAC